AUGUAUUAUAACGAAAGGGAGCAGCACAAACAUUUUCGAAACUUGAAGUCAGAAAAGGCAAAGGUGAAACUGAAAGCGAAGAAAUUACCAAAAGGAUUAAAUGUCACGGAUCCAACGUUUAAAGUUAAAAAGAUUGUUAUACGUGAACAGUUGAUACAGCGUGGAGAUGCGGAAGUUCUUAGCAAAAGGAAACUUAACGUUAAGGAUUUGUUGUCACGUCUUCAACAUCAUAACUCAACGGUUCGACAAGAUGCGAUCAAAGAGCUGAAGGAAAUUUUGUCUCAACAUUCUUUGGAUUUGUUUAGCUCACAAUUUGGAUCUCUAUUGCAAGGGAUUUGUGCUCUGUCUCUGGAUAAAGAGAGGAGCAUAAGGCACGACUGUUUCAAAGUUUUAAGUUUGAUCGUUGGCCCAGUAUCUAACGAUCAACUUAUUCCUUACUGUGAUGUUCUGAUUUCUUAUUUGAGGUGUGCCAUGACACAUAUAGAUCCUCGUAUUAAGGAAGAUGCUUUGCUGUAUUUGGAUGUACUUGUGCAAAAUUGUAGCAGCAUUUUGGCAAAGAACAGCAAUAAGGUUUUACCAAACUUUCUAGACAUGAUCUCUAGAUUACAUACCGAAAUGAAACCUGGAAGGCAAUUAAUAACAACUUUAAACACAAAAGAUACCAAUGUAAAAUGGAGGAUAAAAGUAUUGGAAAGACUGGCUACUAUGUUCAGCUCGAUUGUUAGUUUUUAUAAAUCACAACAGACUGUUGGCUCGAGCAUGACCACACAGAUUGUGCAUGUAGAUAAAGAUACUAGGUAUGUUCCCGUUUAUGUACCUACGUACUUUGAAAAUUGUGAGAUUGAUUUCGAACGAAAAGACAAUUCGAAAGAGAAUUCGGUUGAGAACGCUUUAGACGCGGAAGAACUCAUGAGAUAUGUCGAAGUAUUGAUGCCACUUAUAUUCGACAGCUGGAUCGAAGUCUGUCCAGACGACAAAAAUAUGGAUAAUUCUGCUCUUCUGAUCUCGACCGAUGCAUUGGAAUUAUUGAAAAGCGCUGUGGAAAUUAUACAAUUGAUAAUUGAGUGCAUAGACAUAUUGCAUACAGAAUGUGACAUAAACAUGAAAUACUGGUUCAAAAGUAAUUUUUACAACGCUUACAUAAAGAAUUUACUUUCGAAGUUUCCUUACAACAAGUUAGGAACACCGGAGGGCUUUCUCACCUCGGUAAGGAACAGAAAACGUCAGGGAGACUUUUCCGUGGACGAGUCGUACGAUGUCUGCUUGGGGGAUAAUUUAGGACUCUGUCAAAUUUAUAUAUGGUUCACAACAAUACAGAGCGAUGAUAAAGCUGUGCCUAAAUUAAAUAAAAUCUAUUCCACGGGUGUACUGAAAUACUUGAACGGAAAACUUGAAAACUGGUCAAGCACGAACAACAUUGUUUUACCACAGUUGACCAAGCUUCUCAGAACAUUAUUUCUGAAAGCAAGUAAAUUCUGGUAUGGAAAUAAUCUUGAUCUCAGCGAAACUCUACAAUUGGUUGUAAACGCGUGCUGUAAUCAAUCACGGAAAGAGAUGCAUAUGCAACUAUUUUCAGUGAUUAGCGAUAUUAUGUUAGACCAUAGUUUACAUGAAUUGCACAGGGAAUGCGCAUUCAAGGAAUUCAUUUCAACACUACCGAGUCUUCUUUUGAAGCCGAGGAUACACGAAGACACAAUCGAAAUAAUAAAUAAAGUUAUACUUCGUUACAGAAAUUGGGUUCAAGAUGAACUUGCAGCACAUCAGAACGAAAUUAUAGAUAAUGCGAAAAAAAUUGAAAUCAUUGGAUCGGGAGAUGAGAAACGAUCUCGCCUAAUGAUCUGUAAUUUGUUUUAUUUCUUGGAUGCACAAAUCUUUUAUUAGCUAACGAAUAUAUCUUUUGCAAUAAAUACACACCGUCAACAU